ACAAAAGAUAUUAAAUUUGAUUCACCUAUCCCAUUCCCAUAAAGUCUUGCAUGUAGAAGUAAAAGAUUUAUAUAAAUUGACCCAUGAAUCAUUUUAUAAGAGUUGGAUUUUGCAAGAGAAGAUUGUAGGCCAGGGAAGAGGGUGGAGGAAUUUAAAGUUUACUGAACAGCUACUCAAAAAGAAAAGAAAAGAAAAGAAACCAAAAGUUGAACUUCCCAAAAAAUCAAACAAGGGGGAAAAAGAAAAACUUGUAAUUUAAAGCGACAAGUCAACGAACACCGAAAACUGCACAAUGUACCCCAUUCUCAAUCCCUCUGAAAACCGCGUUACCGAACAAAAUGCCUGCCACGUAACCACCGGGCCCCACUAGACCCCCUUAGAUACCCCUGACGUGGAUAUUCAUAGGCCAACCACCAGCGUUCCACGGACACUCCAACGACGCCGAGAUUCUGGGAAGAGGACUAAACCACGUUUCGCACCAAAACUCUCCCCCCCCCCCAAUGGCCGCGGUGGCGGGUGCAAUUCGCUGCGAGCUUCCGUCAGCUAAACCGGCCGUUUUGAGGAAGGAAACGGCUUCGGGACCGGCUCCGGUUCAGAGAGUCAAACUGGGUGAAGCAGAGAAUGGGAAGAUAGUGCUGCAGCCGAGGUUGUGUACGUUACGGUCUUAUGGGUCUGAUCGAGGUGGGGUGAUGAGGACGAGGAGAGACGGCGGUGCGGAUGAGGGCUCGCCGUUUUUUGAGACGCUUUCGGAGUAUAUUGAGAGCUCGAAGAAGAGUCAUGACUUUGAGAUCAUCUCUGGCCGCCUUGCCAUGGUUGUGUUUGCAGCAACUGUGACAACAGAGAUUGUGACUGGAGACUCAGUAUUUAGGAAGAUGGAUGUACAAGGGAUUGAAGAAACAAUUGGCGUGUAUGUGGGAGCUAUGAUUUCUGCUGCAAUCUUUGCUUGGCUAUCCAGCGCUCGGGACAGAGUCGGCAAAAUCUUCACUGUGAGUUGUAACGCAGUUAUUGAUUCACUGAUUGACCAGAUUGUUGAUGGACUGUUUUAUGAAAGCGAGCUCAGCGACUGGUCUGAUGAUAUCUGAAAUACCAUCUUUCUGAAAAGAUGGAAAAACAACAUACUCUUAUAGGCAAAACUGCCUCUUUUUGAGAUUGUACAUGAUAGAGCUUGAAAAAUCACAUCAGAAACUAGAAAUGCAAUUAGCUGAAUUUACUUAGUGCUGAAUACUGUCAUUAGGCUGUGUGGGGGUGUGCAAAAGCAUGGAGAUAGAGUUUUACUUAAGGUCUGUUGUUUUUGUAUAAAAAACUUGUCAUCCACUUGUAAAAUAUUACUAACGCAAUCAAAUGCACAGGUGGCUGGGUUUAUACUUAUAAACUUGUAGUGCCUGC